AUGAGGCUCUGGUCCUCGAGCCUCAUGGGGACCUCCCUCCUCACGGUUCUCGCGGGGUCCGGGCCCGCCCUCGCAACGGUCCCCAUCCUAACAGAAGUUUCUCUGAAAGGCUGCGCCGAUGUGGACUGCCCGCCCGGCGCCGUCGACGACCUCGUCGGCGAGUCAAACUGCACCCUCGCCGGCUCCGUCCUCCGUCGCGUCGGCAUCGCCCCAGAGGUCCUCGACAUACCCAUAGACGACAACAACACCACCGACAUCCGCAAACUCUCCCUCACCGUCGCCACCCUCGCAAACUCUCCCGCCCCAGCAAACUCCCCCAGCUGGAUAAAGAAGCAGCUCUACACCCAAUCCUACUACCUCGGCGCCCCCGCGGGACUGAACCUCUCGUCGGAGAGCUACCCCAAGGGAUGCGCCCUCAUCUUCCAGCACAUGUUCCAGACCUUACCCACACCGCACGAGGUGCCCGACCUCGACACUACAGACUGCAGCUCCUGGCUCCAGCAGUCCUGCAUGGACGAGAUCACGGGCUACGUAGACGACUUCCGCACCGCCCACUCCAAAGACGAGACGCUACCCCGGUGCCAGGAGAUCGCAAUGUACCUCGAGGAGCGGACGCGCACAGACAAAGACUUCCACUGCAACCUCGUCGCCGGCGCCGUCAACAUCACCGGCGUCGACAUCAUCGGCCCGGACGCCCCCACCGUGCUGGCGCAGGACGCGGGUGACGCGGAUGACAACAAUGACUGCCACCCGACGCUGCCGCAGUCGUACGACAUGUUCAAGCUGACCGACGUGGAGCUGAUUCUUGACGGGGACGGAAGUACCACGAAGCCGACAGGCGGGCUGAACGGGUACACGCCCGUCAUGAGCGUCUUGUUUGACAAGCUCUUGUAUUCGCAGUGGAUUUGCAUGAAGACGAUGAGUGAGUACGACCAGGAGAACGCGAGCGCGAGGACGAGUACUCCUGUGGUGGCGGGCCUGAUUAUGGGGCUUGCGACCUUGGUAGCAAUUAUGAUGCUAUGA